AUCAAGAGUUUCUUCUCCCGUUUGAGGCUCUGUCUCCUCCCUCCCCAUGCUCCCCAAUGUACACCCCCCCCGGCCCCACUACAUUCUUCUGCACACAACCCUUUCCAAGACCCACUCGCAAGACUUGUCAAUUUCCUUCACAUUUUCCCGGAGUCCUCCUUCACACAAACGUCUCAGGUUUUAACUCAUUUUGCACCUGGAGAAGCUGAGAUUUGUGGCAACAUGACAGGCAGCAUGGCUUUGGUCGUCUGUGUGGCCGCCCUGACUGCAUGUGUAGUCGCAGCAGGUGCCAAGGAGUUAUCCAUCACCACCAUAAAGGAAGACCCAUACACCAUGACCCGCGGCUCUGAGCUGGAGGGCUACUGCAUCGACCUGAUCUCGGAGCUCUCCAAGAAGCUGGGCUUCACGUACAAACUGCACCUGGUGAAGGACAGCCGCUACGGAGCCAAGGACCCCAGCGGCAUCUGGAAUGGCAUGAUUGGGGAAAUCACCAGAGGGGAAGCGGACCUGGCGGUGGCCCCGCUGACCCUCACUGCGAUCCGGGAGCAGUCUGUGGACAUGACGACCCCCUUCAUGCACACAGGGAUCGGCUUCAUGCUGCGCAGAGACCUGGUCUCUGAGGAGAGCGGCUUCAGCCUGCUGUCGCCCUUCUCCACCGACAUGUGGGUCGGAGUCCUCAUCGCGUUCCUGCUAACGGGUCUCUGCAUAUUCCUGGUGGGCAGGAUCAGUCCCAGUGAAUGGGCCGAGCCGGACACGGAGGAGCACAGCUUCACGCUGCUGCACAGCUUCUGGUACAUCACGGGCGCUCUCACCCUGCAAGGUGCUGGUCCUCACCCCAGAGCCCCGUCUGGACGCCUCGUCAGCGCCAUCUGGUGGCUGUUUGCUGUGCUGCUUCUGGCCUGCUACUUCGGCAACUUCACCUCCGUGAUGCACAGCAACAAACACGUCUCCAUCAAGACCUUUGAAGACCUCGCUAACCAGGAUGUGAUAGACUACGGCACAUUGGAGGCUGGAUCCACCAUGCAAUUCUUUAAGAAUUCCAACAACCCCGUCUACCGGCGUAUCUACGAAAACAUGGAGCGCAAGAAGAGCUACGUGUCCAACAUGGAGGAGGGUUUUCGCCGCGCCCAGGAGGGAAACUUCGCCUACAUCGGGGAAGCGGUUUCCCUGGACCUGGUAGUGGCUCGCUACUGUAAACUGUACCGUUCACAGGAAGUCAUCGCCAUGAGAGGCUACACCAUCGCAGCACCUCUGGGUUCCCCGUUGGUGAAGAACCUCUCCAUUGCCAUCCUCCAGCUCAGUGAGUCCGGCGAGCUGACGUAUCUGAGGGACAAGUGGUGGGCCAGCAGCUGCGUGGGCGCCUACAGGGCCCAGACCUCCGAUGCCCUGCACCCCCGUGACCUGCUGGGCCUCUUCCUCCUCCUGGGCCUGGGACUGGGUGUGGGGCUGCUGCUGGCCCUGUUGGAGCUCGUAUCCAGGGCCCACAACCAAGCUAAGGAUAGCAAGAAGUCAUGCUGCUCGGUGUUGACGUCGGAGCUAAACCGGCGAUUUUGCAACAAAGGGGAGCGUGCGGAGCAAGACGGCUCGGACAAAAACAAAGCCUAAAGGAAGAGUUUACCUGUUAGCUUUU